CCUUCGCACCCAGUGUCUGUCGGAAUCCAUCGGCACCGCAGUUGUCCGCCUCCCCCCCCUUAUUCACUAUCCGCAUUGGCAACUGCUCCAAGCUAUUUGAAUGUCGUGCUUCUCUUCGAUGGGUUUAUUUGGAAGUAUCUUCUCGUCCUCGAAGCGGACGCAGGCCAACAUCAAUCCACCCGGUCUGAUCUUUAUUCUCGAUGACCCCAUAACUGGAGAGCCUCUCUCGACCUCGAAUUCGUCGUCGGCCAACGCCGUCGUCCCGUCGGCCAACUUGCCCCCGACAUCGGCCUCGUCUUCGGGCCUUCGUCAUGGCCAGUCGGCCUCUAUAUCUUCGUCCCGCAUGAGCUCGCCAUCAAUGUCCCGACAGACAGGCAGCCGGGAGGGCUUGCGGAAGCUCAACAACGUCGCCGUCCACCAGACAGCCAAAAUGAAUCUAAGCGAGCGGUGCAUUUCCCCAACCUCUCCGAUCCCAGUCGACCAGCCCCUCCCCUCUGUCGCCAACGAAAAGGCGUCCGACACCUCGAUUGAGCCGCUGCUGACAGGCAAAAUCGUGCUGCCCUUGAACUACCCGCUGACGGACCUCGCAUCUCUUGUCGUAACGUUGUCUGGCUUUCUUGAAAUCGACGUUUCAGGUCUGUUUUCGGCCGCCUCUUCAAAGUCCAAGACAACAAAGUCGGACGAGGCGAGCCUGUUUGCCCAGAAGCAACGAAUGCAGGUCAUCAGCGAGUCCAUCCGCCCCUGGACGGGCGAUUCGCUCGAGGGCCGACCCCAGGAGUGGCCAAUCAGCAUCCGAACAUUGCAACAUCAGCUUCUCCCGCCAAGCUUUUCGACCUCCCACUCCAACCUGCACUACAGCCUCUCGAUCGUCUUGAGACGGAAAAAUGGCUUCAAGGACCUGGUUCUGAAUCAACCCCUCGUCCUGAAUCACACACGGAACCCCGAUGCCCCCAAACCCGGUGUCAAGAUGGUCUCGGGCCAAUCCGGCCCGUUUGAAUACACAAUCACUCUCCCAAAGGAGGCCUACGCUCAACAGCACGAGGUCAAGCUUGUUAUCAACCUGAAGUUUAAAAAGGAUCAGGUCCUCGCAAUCAAGCAGACCCUAUGUUGCAUUUGGGAGCAACGUACAUUUACCUUGCAAUCCACCGUUCCAACGUUUGACGAACACGGCAAUCCAGUCGUGCGGAAGAUUGCCCAAGGCGGCCCUCUCCGGUGGUCGACGCCGUACUUCCAGCCGGCCGCGUCCAACCACUCGAAUCUCGCCCUCGCCAAACCCGCUGCAAGCGAGACGGAUCCGGACGCGAAUAUCGAUGUUGUCAUCAUGUCCUUUACAGCACCUUUGGAAAGGGCCAUGCCCGACAUCGACUUGGAGGGCAUGAUGGUUGCUCACCGACUCAAGUUCAAGAUCGAGUAUAUACCUGCACCGGUAGUUGUCAAGCCACUGGUCAACGAACCUAGCGAGGCCAAACAACUUCCUCAGCCGCCGGCCGACAACUUGGUCGCCGAGCCCUCAGCUACGAUCCAGCCGUCCAACUCGGACAGCACCCUUCCUGUGGAAGCCAAUGGCACGGAGGCCUCCGUCGAUGGAGACAGCGGCAACACGGUGCCAGUCUCUGGUGAAGCUGCUGAUCCCGUCCCUCCCAUGAAAGCCAGCAUCCGAACAUCUCCUGAGCCUGCAGAUGCCCAGGCCGUAUCCCAAGAGGUUGCUGGUCCCAGAGACAACCAAGCUGCCUUGCAGCCGACGGAGCCCCAUCCACAGGGAGACGAUGCUGCAGUGAUUGUCGAGCCAGAAGCAGAGCCGGGCGUACUCGCCGUCGACGCUCCUCCUGUGCUUGCCGAGCCCACGUUGACACUACCAGCGCCAGCUGUUCCGACUGUAAUAGCCAGUACGCCCGAGGUUGCUUCGAGCGAGCCCGUUGCAGCUCAUCCGCGAAAAAUUCAGCGAGAGGCAUCGCAAACUGACACCCCCGUCACGCCCUCUGCUCUUCCGUGGGCCCCUAUCCGGAGCUCGCCGCACCAAGCCUUUGGCGGUAUCCGUGCUGCUUUGACGGGCUCGCCAAAGCUGACGCCCGUUCCUGCAUCUUCGCCGUCGUUCUUUUCCAAGCCCAGUACUGCGACUGUGGCUAUGACUGCGGCUGCGGCUGCGGCUGCUUCGGUCGAAGAGACUACCGUCAUCGAUACAGUGACCGAAGAGAUCGAAAUUCCCUUCAAGGUCGUCGCUGGACUGAUUAGUGUCACAUUUGGAUAGACUCCAGGGCCAUCGCAAACAGGGCCGCUGCUUCUUUUGCAACUGCUGGUCGAUGCGAAUGCUCG